AUGAUUGGGAAAGAAAAAAAUCGCAAACAUCUUUAUUUCUCCGGAAACUAUGCUCCCAUAUACACAGUUCAGCAUGCGUAUCCCUGCGAGGUUCAGGGCACAAUUCCCGAGGAGUUUCUAGGAGGACAAUAUGUUCGCAACGGCAGCAAUUCUCUUCAAGAUGAUGAUCGCCGCGACCUCCACUGGUUUGAUGGUGAUGGCAUGCUUUCUGGGGUGUUCUUCAGGCGCAUGUCUGGCUCGAAGGUGCAGCAGCCGUUGUAUUCGAAUCGGUAUAUCCUGACGGAUGUGCACUGCGCAACUGCGGAGUAUCCACAUAUUAGUCCGAUUAUCUCAAGCGCUACCACACUACUCAGCCCUAUGGUAUCUCCGCUGAAAGUUUUUAUGGGCAUGUUGCGGACCAUGGCGCUGAUGCUCUCAUCCUUCCUCGGCUUUGUAGUCCGUCCAAUCCGGAGAAUUAGCACCGCCAACACUAACAUUCUCUAUCAUGAUGGAAGGGUGCUGGCAACCAUGGAGACUGGUCCACCAAUGAGAGUCUACCUUCCGUCUCUAAGCACAGUAGGAUGGUUCACAGGGAGUAGCGCCGAGGGAGAGCCCCCUGAUGAGACAAUGGGGCCAUCUAUCGGUGGUCCUGGGAUAGAAGGAUUUCAUAACGAGAUGACGACAGCUCAUCCUCACAGUGAUUACCAGACAGGCGAGUUGCUGCUCUUCCAUUCGACAUUUAUCUUCCCAUUUGUACACUACAGUAUCAUAUCAUCUGGAUGCGCCGGCAAGCAUGGGUCAUACCUCAACCAACCCGUUCCUGGUUUCACAUCUGGAAAGAUGAUGCAUGAUUUCGGGGUUUCGCGCAAGCACACCAUUAUGCUAGAUGUUCCUCUUUCUAUGGAUCCAACAAAUAUAACCCACAACAAGCCUGCCAUAGAGUAUGACCCACACGGUCGCACCCGUUUUGGGGUCUUUCCUAGGUACUGUCCCCCUCAGAUUCAAUGGUAUGAAACCGAUCCUUGUUGCAUUUUCCAUACGGUCAACAGUUGGGAUGAAAGCGUCCCCUGGGGAACACGAGUACACAUGCUCUUUCCGGCGGAUAAAUCCAGCACUAUAACCGAGCAAUGGGCGCUGUCCGCAAUUCCGUUCGAAUUUCCCCACGUCCCACGACAUAUAGAGAUGACCGCCGCCCGAUUCGUGUACGGAUGCUCUAUGAGCGAAGGGAACUUUGCCACGAGACAGAAAUCCAGCGUCAAGAUUGACUGUCUUGUAAAAAUAGACGUCCGCCACCUAUUGCAGGUGGCUGAAGCUCACCCGCCAACUCAGAUAACUGGAUGCGUUGACCAACGAUCUAUCAAUGAGAUUCUCGCUACUAAUGAUGCGAAUGACCCCAUUCAAGUGUUUGCUCUUCCGUAUGGAUGGUACGCACAGGAGUGCUCAUUUGUGCCCCGAAAGGAUGGCAUCUCUGAAGAUGAUGGAUGGCUCGUCACAUAUGUAUUUGACGAAUCUCAACUUGAUGCCAACGGUAACGCGCCAGCAACCUCGCGCAGUGAGUUGUGGAUAAUCGAUGCUCGCAACAUGAGGGAUAUUGUGGCGAGGGUGUUGCUACCACAGCGUGUGCCGUACGGUAUGCAUGGGGAUUGGUUUUCAGAGGAGCAAAUCCUGAAUCAGCGGGAGGUAGCUGAGUUUCGCUCUCUAGACUGA